UUCUUGGUUUGAAUUUUAGAAUUUCCAAACGCCACACGUCAACAUCUCACAUGAUUUAGAUUGGAUCCAUUUUGGCUUUCCUGUUGAAUUGUAGGGAACAUCAUAGCAUGGAUUAACGUAUAUUUUGGACUUGACCGGUGUAAAUAAUGGCUCUCAAGAAAGUCAAAGGCACUUUGGAGCGAGUGCUGGACAAAAAUCUUCAAGAUUUGGUUCGUGGCAUUCGCAACCACAAAGAAAAUGAGGGAAAGUACAUUGCUGAAUGCAUUGAUGAAAUAAAGCAAGAACUUCGUCAAGAAAACCAAGCAGUGAAAGCCAAUGCUGUAAACAAGCUUAUCUAUCUUCAAAUGCUGGGAUAUGACAUAAGCUGGGCUGCCUUUCACAUCAUCGAAGUGAUGAGUUCAACAAAAUAUACAAUAAAGAGAAUUGGUUAUAUAGCAGCCUCGCAAAGUUUCCAUGAAAGCACAGAUGUUUUAAUGUUGACCACCAACAUGAUCAGAAAGGAUCUAAGCAGUCAGAAUAUGUACGAUGCUGGUAUUGCUCUAUCUGGUCUCUCCUGCUUUGUCACACCAGACCUCGCCAGAGAUCUCGCUAAUGACAUCAUGACUCUUAUGACAUCAACUCGUCCGUACCUAAGAAAGAAGGCAGUACUUAUUAUGUACAAAGUUUUCCUGCAGUUUCCCGAGGCAUUAAGACCUGCAUUUCCAAGGCUCAAGGAAAAACUGGAAGAUCCAGACCAGGGAGUUCAAUCAGCUGCUGUCAAUGUGAUUUGUGAACUGGCCAGAAAGAAUCCCCAGAAUUACCUCUCUUUGGCCCCACUUUUCUUUAAGCUGAUGACAAGUUCUACAAACAACUGGGUCCUCAUUAAAAUCAUCAAACUGUUCAGUGCAUUAACACCCUUGGAGCCUCGCCUUGGGAAAAAACUUAUAGAGCCUUUAACUAAUCUAAUUCAUAGUACUUCAGCAAUGUCUCUACUUUAUGAAUGUAUCAACACUGUCAUAGCAGGUAAGGCUUUUUAUCAUAAAAUUUUACCUUUAGUACACUCUUUGAUGGUUAUAAGUUUAAUUUAGUGGGUCA